AUGAACGCUCUUGAAGCCCUCAAAGCCACCGGUACUAUCGUCGUGGCCGACACUGGCGACUUUACCGCCAUUAGCGUCUUCAAGCCUCAAGAUGCUACUACCAAUCCCACUCUUAUACUCAACGCCACAAAGCUGCCGGAGUGCGCCAAGCUCAUGCAGAUUGCGGUCGACUAUGCAAAGCAGAAGGGCGGCGAUGUCGAUACCCAGGCCGAGAAUGCCAUGGACCACUUGCUCGUGGAGUUCGGGCGGGAAAUACUCAAGAUGAUCCCCGGACGUGUGUCUACCGAGAUUGACGCCUCGUUCUCGUUUGACACUGUCGGGACUAUUGCCAAAGCCAAGCAGAUCAUCGCUCUGUACAAAUCGAUGGGUGUGCCCAAGGAGCGGGUAUUGAUCAAGAUUGCGUCGACUUGGGAAGGCAUCCAGGCUGCUAAAGAGCUAGAGCGUGAGGGUAUAUGCUGUAACCUCACUCUCAUGUUCUCUUUGGUACAAGCCAUUGCUUGCGCCGAGGCAGAAGUGACUCUGGUCUCCCCCUUCGUCGCUAGGGUGUUGGACUGGUAUCGUGCCGUGGAAGGCCAGGAGUUCCCUGCGGAGCGCAACCCAGGUGUCGACUCUGUCGAGAAGAUCUACAACUACUACCGCCAGCAUGGCUACAAGACCAUAGUGAUGGGCGCCUCAUUCAAGCGAGUCGGAGAGGUCAUCGCGCUUGCGGGAUGUGAUUUCCUCACCAUCAACCCGAUUGUGCUGAAGGAGCUCAUGGAGUCGAGUGAGCCCGUGCCUCGCAAGCUGUCUCUCGACUCCGCAAAGCAACACGCCGUCCCAAAGGUCAGCUACAUCGACGACGAGGCCAAGUUCCGCUGGGAGUUGUUCCAGGAGCGGAUGGCGUUCGAGAAGCUGUAUGAAGGGAUCAGAGGCUUCGCAGCGGAUGGGGAGACGCUCAAGGCGCAGCUCAGAGCGAUGUUGUAG